GCAGCGGAAACAUGGCGGCGGGAAGGGAGUGAGCCGCCCCGCGCCGCCGCUGCGCCCGCAGAUUGUUUCCCAACUUUAUCAGGCAAGGAAUGCAUAACAGAGGUGCUUGAAAGGACCAUAGGGGAAUCAAGACUCUGAUUUCUCCAUCUCACUAAGGAGGAACGGUUUCCUAUUUGAUAUAGCUGAUGGUACCAUGCAAAAAUCAGAUCUUCGGAAAGUGAUAGACUGGAAUGAUGUUAGGAAACACAAGUAUGGUCACCUUUCCGUGUCUGCAUCCCAAUAUCAAGAAGCUACUGACAUCCUGGAACUAGCAUCUAGUGCUUUUUGCAUGGUCCAAAAGGGCCCUGUGCUGCUCCACUGCAGAGGAAACUUCAAGAAAUGCUGGUUUGCUACAGUGUUUUAGCUUGUGAGAGUCUCUGGGACCUUCCCUGCACCAUCAUGGGGUCACCUCUAGGUCAUUUUACCUGGGACAAAUACCUAAAAGAAACAUGUUCAGUCCCAGCGCCUGUCCAUUGCUUCAAGCAGUCCUACACACCUCCAAGCAACGAGUUCAAGAUCAGCAUGAAAUUGGAAGCGCAGGACCCCAGGAAUACCACAUCCACGUGUAUUGCGACAGUAGUUGGACUGACAGGUGCCCGGCUCCGCCUUCGCCUUGAUGGCAGUGACAACAAGAAUGACUUCUGGCGGCUGGUUGACUCAUCUGAAAUCCAGCCUAUUGGGAACUGUGAGAAGAAUGGGGGUAUGCUGCAGCCCCCUCUGGGAUUUCGGCUGAAUGCCUCUUCUUGGCCCAUGUUCCUUUUGAAGACACUAAAUGGAGCAGAGAUGGCUCCCAUCAGGAUUUUCCACAAGGAACCACCCUCGCCUUCCCACAACUUCUUCAAAAUGGGAAUGAAGCUAGAAGCUGUGGACAGGAAGAACCCUCAUUUCAUUUGCCCAGCCACUAUUGGGGAGGUGCGGGGCUCAGAGGUGCUUGUCACUUUUGAUGGGUGGCGAGGGGCCUUUGACUACUGGUGCCGCUUCGACUCCCGGGACAUCUUCCCUGUGGGCUGGUGUUCCCUGACUGGAGACAACCUACAGCCACCUGGCACUAAAGUUGUGAUUCCAAAGAAUCCCUAUCCUGCAUCUGAUGUGAACACUGAGAAGCCCAGCAUCCACAGCAGCACCAAAACUAUCUUGGACCAUCAACCAGGGCAGAGGGGGCGUAAACCAGGAAAGAAGCGGGGCCGGACACCCAAGCCCCUAAUUCCCCACCCCAUCUCUACCCCAUCCAAGUCAGCUGAACCUUUGAAAUUCCCAAAGAAGAGGGGUCCCAAACCUGGCAGUAAGAGGAAACCUCGGACUUUGCUGAACCCACCACCCACCUCACCAACAACCAGCACCCCUGAACCGGACACCAGCACUGUACCCCAAGAUGCUGCCACCAUCCCCAGCUCAGCCAUGCAGGCCCCCACAGUUUGUAUUUACUUGAACAAGAAUGGCAGCACAGGCCCCCACUUAGAUAAGAAGAAGGUCCAGCUGCUUCCUGACCAUUUUGGGCCAGCCCGCGCCUCCGUGGUAUUGCAGCAGGCUGUCCAGGCUUGCAUCGACUGUGCUUAUCAUCAGAAAACCGUCUUCAGCUUCCUCAAACAGGGCCAUGGUGGUGAAGUGAUCUCAGCCGUGUUUGACCGCGAACAGCACACCCUCAACCUCCCAGCAGUCAACAGCAUCACCUACGUCCUCCGCUUCCUGGAGAAGCUCUGCCACAACCUUCGCAGUGACAAUCUGUUUGGCAGCCAACCCUUUACACAGACUCACUUGCCUCUCACCAGCACCGAGUACAGCCACAGCCACAGCCACGACAGGUACCUACCAGGUGAAAGCUUUGUCCUGGGGAAUAGUCUGACCCGGUCCUUGGAACCACACUCAGACUCCAUGGACUCCGCCUUGACUCCCACCAACCUUGUCAGCAGCUCCCAAAACCUUCGAACCCACGGGUACCGGCCUCUGCUUCCAUCUUGUGGCCUCCCACUGAGUCCUGCCUCGGCUGUGCGCAGGCUGUGCUCCAGGGGGCCAUCGGGACGUGCCAAGGAGAGUGGGGAUGCGUUACAAACCAGUCCCCACCCGUUAUGGCAGGUGCCCUCCUGUCCUGCAGGGUCGGACCGAUACCUGGAAAGCCGGGAUGCCUCACGACUGAGUGGCCGGGACCCCUCCUCGUGGACAGUAGAGGACGUGAUGCAGUUUGUCCGGGAAGCUGAUCCCCAGCUUGGACCCCACGCUGACCUCUUUCGCAAACACGAGAUCGAUGGCAAGGCCCUGCUUCUGCUGCGCAGCGACAUGAUGAUGAAGUACAUGGGGCUGAAGCUGGGGCCCGCGCUCAAGCUCUCCUUCCACAUUGACCGGCUGAAGCAGGGCAAGUUCUGAACCGGGAGACACCGCCCAGACAACUGCGGGGUCCUCCGGAAGGGGUCGACAUUCUUCUCCCCGGAAGGAGGGCCAACAGUCUGCUCCGGGCGCCUCAGUGGGGCUCAGGGCCGCCUCAGGACUCCAGGAGGCUGUGUGGAGCCACCACUGCUCCCCCUCCUGCCAUGAUACGUCCUUCCAUGAAGGACUGAGGAGGGGGGAGUGUGGGGCCCAGGGCUGGCGCUGCUCUUGCCCUCAGCUCUGCCUCGGCUCUGAGGCCCCUCUGUAUUUAUUUCUCAAGCCCGCUGGCCUUUCAGCGGGCGUUUAGACUGAACACCUUCUGGGUGAUGGAGGAAGGGGCUGACCUCUGAGGCCCCAGAAGACGGGGCCCUGAAUUGACACUCGUGCCCAGUUCCCCUGCCACCUGCCGGGCCUGGUGUGGCACCCCAUUGCCCCACAGCUCCCGCCACCUCCUCACAAGAGCUCCAGACUCCAAACUCAUGGUGCAAACCUCUACCUUUUUUAAAAAAAGAUCUUUUCUUAUUGUUAAUUUAUUGUUUCUGGCACUCGGGCAAGCCCUCCGGUUCAUACUCCUCCCGCUCCAGACACCGGGUUUCAGGAGGUGAGAGACUGCCCUGCCCCGGUCCCAGAGAGGCAUGGGCUCUUCUCAGACCACAUCACCCUGGAGCGCUUGCUCUGUGGGGUGGACAGAUCCCUCAGGCCUUGACCGUGUACCCCUCAGCUUGGGGAGAAGAGAGUGUCUGCCACCUUCCCCUCCGCCUCCAGGGGCGCUCUGCAGCCCCAGGCCUCGUCUGUGGGAAUGGGAGUCCCCCGCCCACACCCUCCCCCCCACAGCUCCCUGCCCUGGCCAGAACUGCUGCCCAAGGAGGUCAGGCCCCCGGAUUUUAGGCCACAAAGCCCAUAAGGCAGAUGGGAGGGAAGGGUCUCCCGGCUGGAGUCUGGUUGUCCCCUCUCCAUUAUCCAGAUGCUUCCUUUGUGAGCAGGUCAGCUGCACCCGCUGCCAUCUGGACUUCUUUUAUGUCAAUUUGUUUAUAAAUAAAAACCAGUAUAGAUG